AUGGCCCCAGAUUGGGCAAAGCAAGCUCGCCGCGACAUACAUAUGCGCAUCGACAAUACCAGGGACGUUGAUACGGGCAUACUGAUCGAGAGUCAGUUUGGAGCGCUCGUUGGAGAGAUAUACGAUGCCAUGAUCAGCGGUGACCGGCCUCUCGACCUUUCCCGAAAAUGGGCGGGAAUGACGUUCAUCAAGAUGGACGAGCCCGCCAGCCCGAGGCUUCCGAUUAUACCUCAAAAGAUGGUGGUUGCGUUGGCUUACCGGGUUGCACGCCUCAUCUGCGAUGGAUACAGACAUGGGUUCCGCUACGCAGACCACCCCCCCGGAUUCCUGCCGCAAGAGGUGUUAAGUUGGCCUGCACGGAAGGCCGAACUGCUCGAAGUUUUAAGGGCGCAUAAGUAUAGCGUUGAGAUUAUAUUCAAAUGGGUAAAGCCGGCCAUCCUCAGUCUCAUCUAUUCGCCCACAGAAUGGAUUUUGGCAACCCAACAUCCGUUCACACCCGUAAGCCCCGAGGUCGUACUGCACCCGAGAUACAGUCUUUUUGGCACCCUGGCCGGGUAUGAAAAGAGGAUGACCCACCAAGAAAUCAAGACGCUUCUCAGGGAGAUGUAUGGCCGUUCAGAGGUGAAAGCUGAUGCGAUCGGUCAUGAUUUCACCACGGACCCAGCCACGCGUGAAGAUUGGGUCAAGGCGGCCUACAACAUGUUUGUGAGUACAGAGGCGCCGGAGAUUUCGGAUGCUCGCAGGGACUGGGUGCAUACAGCUGGAUUCACCGGUCCUAAAAUGUGGAGCGAGCGGAGUGUCAUCGCCAGGAUCCGGCAGUUGGCAGACAUAAUACAAGACGGUGCGCAACAUGGGUUUAUCCGGGCCCGCAAGACCGAAUACUUUCGAGCUUCGUACGCAUCAGAUGACGGUCGAGCCUUCACGGAUAAGCUCAUUGAUAUACUCACAGUUCUCGAGAAAGACAAGACUAUCUGCUUCAAUAUCAUGUUUUACGGACGGCUUCGGAUGGUCGAGCUUGUCGAAGCGCCCUGGACAAUGUACAAGGCGAACAGAGCUAUGGAAAACUAUCGUGCCAGUCAGUCCGCUUCUGCACCUUCCGAUUUGUGA